AUGCACUGCAGUACAGCUGCUGUGCCGGAGCCAACCGAUUGUGCCGCACUGGCAGCAAGGUUCGCUGCUGAUGCUGUUACUGCAGCAGUAACUGCAGCAGCAAAAAAGCAGCUAACACAACCAAACACAAGAGAAAACCACUGGAAAAAAUGCUUCCCGAAAAUAACCAUUUCGUGCAGACCUCUACACAUGCACUUGUCUGGACAGCUCGAUAGCAGCAGCGGAGGUCCAGUGGCCCUGGGCAGCGCCGACCAGUUCUUCUCCAGCGGCCAACAUGAAAUGGUCACUCCUGCAAUAUCAGACCUUGUAGGAAAAGCCUUCGUAAAUAUGUCUGUGACUUCCUAUCACCCUUUCUCCUUUCCGCGCGGCCUCAGCCGACUCGCCCAACAGCACCGGAAACAGCAGUAG